AUGGUGAAUCGAUCUGGAGCAAACGGAAGGGACAAUCAUGUUAACCAUGAAAAUGUUCCGCCUGACAUUUUGCAACAGAUCAUGGCUGAUCUAACUGAUCUUCGUCAACACAAUCAACAACUGCAAACUCAACUUGCUGAAAUUAAUCAAGAUCGGGGCUUGCAUGAGGGCGAUCGUAGAAUGGCAGAGAUGGUGGUAGAUUUUCAACCGUUCACAGAAGACAUUGCAAACUCAACCGUUCCAGAUAACUUGAAGACUUUGGUCCUUGAUUCUUAUUAUGGAGAUUCUGACCCCAAGGAUCAUUUGGUGUAUUUCAACACCAAAAUGUCAGCCAUGACUUGGUUUACAACGCUCCCACCGCGUUCAAUUGCAGGGUUCAUGGAUUUAUCGGCAAAAUUUCUGUCCCAAUUUUCAACUAGUCGCGCCCAGAAAGUGACUCCAGCAGCUUUGUUUAAUUUUCAACAGAGGCAUAAUGAAAGCCUUCAAUCCUUUAUGGGGCGUUUCAAUCAACUGUCAGUGCAUUUGGAGGAUAAAAUGUCUGAAAUCUGUAUUGCAGCUUUUGAAUUGGGCCUUCAAUCAGGAAGUUUAAACAGUAGUUUGAGUCGUAAGCCCGUGGAGACAAUGGCGGAGUUGCGAAGCAAGGUGCAAGGUUUCAUUCGGGAGGAGCAAAGUGAUCGCAUAAAGAGAAACCGCAAGAGUGCAGCGGUUACUGGCCAACAACAACAGUCAGAUUCGAAAAAGGCGGCGGUAAACGAUCAGCGUUCGGGCGGAGCAAUUACAAAAGGAGAGAGAAGUUACAAUAAUUCAAGUCGUUUCGAUAACCGCUCUAAUUUUCGAAAUCGUGCUCAGCCCUAUGGAAAUCGUGGUUAUGGACAAUCGAUGACGUGGACCAGAAACCAACAAGACAGGUCGACCCCACUUGCGGUUAAUUUAACGGAAGCAUUGCACAUGUGUUUGGAGGCUAACACGAUUCGUUUUCCUAAACAACCGAAACGCCCACCAGGCAACGUAGACAGAAGUAAAUGGUGUGAGUACCACCGAAUCGCGGGACACAAUACAGACGAUUGCUUUACCUUAAAGAAAGAAAUUGAGGCUUUGAUAAAGGCAGGUUACAUGCGUCAACUGGAUGGGCGAAAGGAGUCAGAGGGAGCUGAAACCUCAACGAAGCGUGAUGACACAGGAAAGGAGAUUGAAGAGUCUGAACCAAAGAAGCAAGCUAGAGGUGAAACUAAAGGGCGUAUUCAUUCUAUAUUUGGAGGAUUUCGAGGAGGAGGUAUGACUAAUUCUUCAAGAAAAAGGUAUGUUCAUUCCAUUAAUGCUGUCUACGCAAAUGAUUGGGGAAACUGGGGAAUCAAUCAGCCCGAUAUUACAUUUACUUUAGGGCUUACAGAAACUGAUUUAUUACCAUAUGAUGGGGCACUAGUUGGUUUCUCAGGUGAGAAAGUAUUUGUUAGAGGGUAUGUGGAGCUGAAUACCGUGUUUGGUGAAGGUAAAAAUGAGAAAGCCUUUGCCAUUAAGUUUCUUGUGGUACAGUGUACAUCGCCGUAUAAUGUGCUUAUUGGAAGACCAUCGCUCAACAAACUUGGGGCGAUUAUUUCAACAAGACAUUUAACAGUUAAGUAUCCAUUGGACAAGGGCGGAGUUGGAACUUUGAAGUCCGAUUAA